UAGAGGUGGGGUGCCCGUCAGAUCGAUUGUAUCGAGAAUGUGUGGUCAGUGAUGGCUGUCCAUAUAGCUGUGCCCAUCUUAAUGGUCUUGUGGAGUGUUUUAGUGAUGGCUGUGAGGAAGGCUGUCACUGUCCCGUGGGCAGCUAUCUUCAUAAUGGAUCCUGUGUUCAGGAAUGUGCCUGUGUGAUAAAGGAGGAUACUCUGCAGUUAUUUCAGAAUCACUCCAUAAACCCAUCAGUCCCUCCAAUUAUGUUAAUGGAUGAUGAUGCAGAGAUUCAAGAGGAGAUUCCAUCAGGGACUGUACUCCAACACGAAUGCAGCAAUUGUACAUGCAGGAAUGGACAACUGAACUGCUCAUUCACUGUCUGUGUGGCUGAUGGACAGUUUUCCACAUGGAGCCCCUGGACUUCCUGUUCCCGCAGCUGUGGUGGAAUUGGCCACAUGACCAGAUCACGUGACUGCUCAAGCCCAGCACCAACCAAUGGCGGCAGAGACUGUGUUGGACCAAGAGUUGAUUUUAAGUUUUGUCAAAGUCUGGACUGUGAAGUGUCUGUGCCAACAAGAGAACCUGUCAGUUUACCAG